AUGACAGCUUCCGGUAAAGUGGUCAGAAUGGUAGUUGCGGAUGGUACACAUGACAUGCGCCUCUAAAACGGAGCAGUUUAUCUGUCUGGUGUGCUCGGUAUUUUGUUGAAUCUGUAGGGUGGCCUUCUUAAGGUUGUGUCUCUGAGGAAAGAUGGUGUUUUACUUUAAGAGUGCAGUUGUCGAACCGCCCCAUACAAUCUACAUGGGUAAAGACAAAUAUGAAAAUGAAGAUCUUAUAAAGUAUGGAUGGCCUGAGGAUAUUUGGUUCCACGUCGACAAGCUCUCAUCUGCCCAUGUAUAUCUCAGAAUGCCGAAGGGAAAGACGAUGGAAGACAUACCAAAAGAAGUCUUGAUCGACUGUGCUCAGCUGGUGAAGGACAACAGCAUUCAAGGUUGCAAAAUGAACAAUAUUAAUGUUGUCUACACACAAUGGAGCAAUCUGAAAAAAACUGGAGACAUGGAUGUCGGGCAGAUAGGCUUUCAUCGGCAGAAAGAGGUGAAAAUUGUGGCAGUAGAAAAGAAAAUUAACGAGGUCGUAAACAGGCUGGAGAAAACAAAACAGGAACUUUAUCCAGAUCUUGCAGCUGAGAAGGAGAACCGGGACAGAGAGGAGAGAAAUGAGAAGAAGGCUCAGAUACAAGAACAGAAAAAGAAAGAGAAGGACGAAAUAAGGAAGAAGAAGGACAUUGAAGACUUAAGGAAUUAUACAUCACUUAUGAAGAGUGACAACAUGACCACAAAUGAGGAUGGCAAUGAUUCAGAUGACUUCAUGUAAAAUAAAUGGAAUAGGUUUGCAACAAGGAAGAAACAACAUUAUUUCUUCCAGUAUUUUUAUGUUUGUCAGACAUGGUGCACUGGAGGCAUUGGAUAUGAAUGAACUUGCCUUCUCUGUUUUAAAACCAGUUUUUGUGCCAACACAGCACAAUGUCCGGACCUUACUGGAGCAGCUGGCCCAAUCAUUCCCCAUAAAUACAAUAAAGUCAUGUGAAGAGUGUUUUGUAAAUGACACAAAGUCGAUUGUUCGUUUAAACUAAUAAGAAAUCUGAACGUUUGAACAAUGGUUUUUGGAGUUUGAUAGUGAUGAUGGUCACCGUGGAAUGCGUUAGCUAAGAACUGAUGAGGUAUUUAUGCUUAUAAAUGGAUUUAUCUUUCUGGAGUGAUAAAGUAAUUAAGCAACACGUGAUUACACAAUUUCCCUUUUUCUUUUGCUGUUCUGAAAUAAAAUAAAUCUUUUCAGUUCAA